AUGUCUUGCUCACCUCGCGUCUCCUCCUCCAGGGCUGGAGGCAGCAGCUCGGUCAGAGUGUCUGCAGGUGGAAGCAGCUUCAGCAGUGGGAGCAGAUGCGGUCUGGGGGGUGGCUCUGGCCGGGGCUUCCGAGGAGGAGCCAGCAGCUGCGGCCCGAGUGGGGCAUCUAGCAGUGGCUUUGGAGGUGGCUUUGGUAGCUGCUUAGUAAGGAGCAGUUUUGGAGGUGCCUCAAGCUCUGGGGCUGGCUUUAGCGGGAGUUCUGGCUUUGGCGGGGGCUCUGGAUUCGGUGGGGGACCUGGCUUUGGCAGGGGUGCUAGUGGAGGCUUCUACAGCUAUGGGGGCGGUAUGGGAGGUGGUGUCGGUGGUGGUGUGGGCGAUGGGGGGCUUUUCUCUGGAAGUGGAAAGCAAACCAUGCAGAACCUCAAUGACCGCCUGGCCAGUUACCUAGACAAGGUCAGAGCUCUGGAGGAGGCCAACGCUGAUCUGGAGAACAAAAUCAAGGCAUGGUAUGACAAAUAUGGUCCUGGGUCUAGAGAUGGUGGAUCCGGAAGAGAUUACAGCAAAUACUAUCCCGCAGCUGAAGAUCUCAGGAACCAGAUCAUUACUGUCACUAUUGAAAAUGCUGGGAUCAUUCUGCAGAUUGACAAUGCCAGAUUGGCUGCUGAUGACUUCAGACUGAAGUACGAGAACGAGCUGUAUCUGCGGCAGAGCGUGGAGGCUGACGUCAAUCGCUUGCGGAAAGUCUUAGACGACCUGACAAUGACUCGCUCAGACCUGGAGCUGCAGACUGAGAGUCUCACGGAGGAGCUGGCCUACCUGAAGAAGAACCAUGAGGAGGAAAUGAAGAGUAUGCAAGGCAGCGCUGGAGGGGACGUGACCGUGGAAAUGAAUGCUGCCCCAGGAACUGACCUGACCAAAUUACUGAACGACAUGAGGGCACAGUACGAGGAGCUGGCUGAGCAAAACCGCAGGGAGGCUGAGGAGCAGUUCAACAAGCAGAGUGCAUCACUGCAAGCACAGAUCUCUACUGAUGCCGGGGCAGCCAGUUCCGCCAAGAGUGAGAUAACAGAACUGAAACGUACUCUGCAAGCCCUGGAAAUUGAGCUUCAGUCCCAACUGGCUAUGAAAAGCUCCCUGGAAGGGACCCUGGCUGACACGGAAGCUGGCUACGUGGCUCAGCUGUCACAAAUCCAAAUGCAGAUCAGUAGCCUGGAAGAGCAGAUCUGCCAGAUCCGGGGGGAGACCGAAUGUCAGAACACAGAAUAUGCACAACUGCUGGACAUCAAGACACGCCUGGAGAUGGAGAUAGAGACCUACCGCCGCCUGCUCAGUGGAGAGGGAGGUGGUUCUGGUUUUGGAGAAUGUGAUUAUAGAAACUCAGGAUCCAGAAACAUGGGAUCCAAGGAUUUGGCAUGUGGUGACUCAAGAUCUGGUCAAGGAAGAGAUCCAAGCAAGACUAGAGUGACUAAGACCAUCAUAGAGGAGGUGGUGGAUGGCAAAGUCAUCUCAUCUCAAGUCAGUAAUGUUUCUGAGGUGAAAGUUAAAUAA